UCUUCAAAAUAAAGAUGUACUUUCAUAUAUGCAUUUCAUAAUUGGGCGAUAAACCGAUUAUCAUUUGACUUCCUUUUUUAUUUUGACCUAAUUAAUUCUUAUAUAUUUCAUGUUUAUUUAAAAAGUAAUAUACAAUCUUUCGAAAAAAAGUACUAUACAAAAAGCCGUAUGCAGCAAUUUCAAUUGUACGACAUCGUUUUAAUUGAUUGCUCUGGCACUAAUAACGGUGAUAAUCCCCUGAUUACCUUUCCCUAAAACGCACAUUAUCAGGAUCUCCCUCUGAUUACCUUUCCCAGCCGGAACUUUUUUUUGUUUUUUCUCUUCCUCUCCCUCUUCGCCUUUAAAUUUUCCCUAGAAAGUGAUGCUCCUAAUCCAAAAAUAAAAAAAAUACAGGUACGUACCAAAACACCCCAAAAUUUGUUAAAUGUGGUGGAGAUCGCCUUCUUUCAUUCUUGACAGGCAGCAGCAACAACAACAAAACGACAGCGUUCCGCCAAAUCCCGAAUCACUAUUUCUCUCAUCUUCGCCUCCUUCCAUGGCCGAUUCUCUUCAAAACCCUAAAUCCAACAUUUCUGCCUAUUACCAGACCCGUGCCGCUCAUCAUGCCGUCGUAACUAGCGAUUGGCUGGCCCAGGCCCAGGCCGCCGUCGGCCGCCUCCCCGACGACGAUGACUCGUCGGGAAGUGAAAGAAAAGCCGCCCCGACUGGGGGAGGAGGAGGAGGGGUACGAGGAGGGAAGGUGUUUAGUGUUAUUAAUGAGUUCAAUAACUGGAGGAAGCAACCGGAUUUGGCGGAGGCCGUGGCGGCUAUUCGCGCCCUCGCGGCGGUUAUUAGAGCUAGCGAAGCUACCACCAUGAUGGAGCUGGAAAUUGAGCUUAAAAAGGCUUCUGAUUCUCUUAAAUCCUGGGACACAACUUCUAUAUCUUUAACAGCAGGUUGUGAUCUCUUCAUGCGAUAUGUAACAAGAACAUCAGCUUUAGAGUAUGAGGACUUUAAUUCGGCUAGGUCUCGCCUGAUUGAACGUGCAGAGAAGUUUGGGGAAAUAUCCUGUAAGGCACGCAGGAUUAUUGCAAUGCUUAGUCAAGAUUUUAUAUUUGAUGGAUGUACCAUUUUGGUACAUGGUUUCUCCAGAGUUGUUCUAGAAGUAUUGAAGACAGCAGCACAAAAUAAGAAACUCUUUCGAGUUUUCUGCACAGAAGGAAGGCCAGACAGGACAGGAUUACGUUUAUCUAAUGAGCUGGCCAAGCUUGAUGUUCCUGUAAAGCUUCUAAUAGACUCUGCUGUUGCAUAUUCUAUGGAUGAGGUGGACAUGGUAAUUGUUGGGGCUGAUGGAGUGGUUGAAAGUGGGGGUAUCAUAAAUAUGAUGGGGACAUACCAGAUUGCAUUGGUGGCGCAUAGAAUGAACAAACCUGUUUAUGUGACUGCUGAAAGCUACAAGUUUGCCCGCCUGUAUCCAUUGGACCAAAAGGAUAUGGCUCCUGCCCUACGCCCCAUUGAUUUUGGGGUACCCAUCCCAUCUAAGGUCGAGGUUGAAACAUCUGCUCGAGAUUACACUCCACCUCAAUAUCUUACUCUACUCUUUACGGAUUUGGGUGUUCUUACUCCUUCCGUGGUUAGUGAUGAGCUUAUUCAGCUAUAUCUAUAGUGGCGCUUGAAUGUAAUUUUGUUCAAGAAUUUCGCAGAUGAAGCUUGUCACAACGUACUUUUUAGGAUUUAUUUAUAGACUGCUUUAUAUCUUUUAAGUGAUAAUUUUGUAUUUACUGCUUUAAAAUUCAUUUCUGGUCAUAUGUUAGUGGAUUGUGUUUUUACCAAAAUGUCGUGAAGCAUUAAUAAAAUUUGAAUUUGUUAUGAAACUUGUCACACCUCAUUGUAGUAUAUUCUUUUAGCUAGAGAUUCAUGUCGAAUCAAAUA